CAAAACAGGCCGCUCGGCCGCGCCAGACCUGACCGUGGCGCCCUUGAACAGCAUGUGAACAGCGCGUGACGGGGCAGCGGCGCUCCGUUCCGACAAUCAGCGGCGGCGGCGGCAGCGGUCGAUGACCAUCUCAGGCCGGCCGAUGGUCGCGGACGCCGACCCCAUGACGGUGACGGCGGCGCCGCGCGGCCGCCCGCAGCCGGACUUCGAGAGCUGGCGCAGCCUGCUCAGCAUCUUCUCCAACUAUUCCACCGUGCUGGAUGAAUGGGUUGAGAAAAUGCUGGAGGAGGCAAAAAAGCACGACGAGCUCGGCGAGCCGGAGCUGUCGAUCAUGAACAAGCCGGCCCAGUCGCUGUGCAUCUGUCUGAUCAUCACCGCCUCGGUCGUCCUAAACAUUUGCGUCAUUCAGAACAUCUACCAUAAUGACCUAAAGCUGAAAACCGUCCAUUUUCUGCUCAUUAAGAAUCUGUGCAUCGUGGACUUGAUAGGAGCACUCUGCGUGCUGCCGGUGCCCUUGAUUACCACCAUGCAGGGUGAGUGGACGUUCGGUGAGAUCGUCUGCAGCAUCAACAGCAUCAUCAACGUGCUCCUCUGGCUCCAGCAUAUCAUCAUGUUCAUCAUGCUGAAGAUUGACAGAGUGCUGGCUUCGUGUUUACCGAUCGGUAAGUAUCCUCUCUUCCCCAUCCACUUAAUAAGCUUCAUUGUGAUGCUGUCCUGGGUCUUCUCCUUCAGCGUGGCUGUCUUCGUCACCACCGGCUUCAACGCGUUUUUCGAGCCGGCCAUUAUUCUGUGCAUCCCCAAACUGCCCUCCGUCUUCUUCAUCUUCAUCCUGGUCAUCUACUGCUUGGCGCUCUUCACCAUCAUCGUCGGCUACGUGCUGGUGGCCAUCUUCCUGCGGCGGAAGCAGGUGGCGGCGGCCAACGCCACGAGCGUGCACAUCCUCGACUACCGCGGCUUAGAGCGCACGGCCAUGGCGUCCUUUCUCAUCACGCUCAGCCACCUGGUGCUGUACAUUCCGACGCUGCUGGUGAUCGGCCUCCACGGCUGGAUCCUGCCGCCCAUCGGCAUCCUCGUCUGCGACAUGAUCGUCUACUCCGAGUUCUUCAUCCACCCCGUCAUCCUGCUGGCCACGUCAACGCGCAUGCGCAAGGAGGUGCGCAUGACGCUGCGCCGGCUGCGUCAUUGUGUGACGCGCCGGUAGCGCCGGCUUGCGCCCUGCGGCGGCGGCGGUGACGCUGGCGUUGAGUGCGUGACGAGCGUGACUUCCGUGACGGCCGCCACGAUCGGCCGAGCGCGUGCAGUCCGGCCACGGACGACUGAGGGGCAGGCAGUGGUGAUGUGGUGCCGACGUCCUGGUCCCGUGGUCCGCCAGGUGUGGUGCUAGGGCUAGGGCUGGUGCUCGAUGUUUAUCAGGGCUUUUGGCCGUUCCCUGCCUUGAAGUGUUAUUUAUUCGAAUCGUUUAGGUGUCGGUUGUCGACCGAGACACGUUGUCUGUUUCGAAGCAGCGCGCGGCUAGGCCUCCGCUCUCUACCGUUGUGCUUCUGGUAGCGUUACAAACCCUACGUGCACCGAUGGUCCUUGACUUGUUGGACGACUUGGGCACCUCGCUCCCGGCCCCGCCCCUGCCCGCUGUGCGUGUCGAAGCUGGCCGAGGCGGUCGAGCCGACCGCGUCAGCGUCUGCAACGGGCCCUUGAUCUCACACUCGCCGGCGGCAAGUGGUCCGACGGGGCACCGGCCGCCGUCGGCCAGAUCGGACGUGUUGUGUCGGACGGCAGGUGGCAGCACUUGCAGCUCGUGCAUUGCUAACUUUGGGCGAUCUCUGAAUGGCUAGGGGUUUCAGCUGAUCCCUUUGCGGCACGCCACUUGUACACUGUUGACUUAAGUAAUGGGUUGCUGGAUAUUUGCAUGGGUACAUUCCGAAUGCAUGUGUCGUGCGCGGAAGACAUAUCUUCUUGCGUUGUUGUGGCUUACACACAGUCACUGUUUUUCUUUAAGUUCCUUGAGGAGCCGCGACAUUCAUGGUCUGAAUAGCUUUAAGGCAGCAAUACUCUUCUUCGUAAAUUUAAUUCCUCUUGACUGAACACGGCGGGCGUUCGCGUUCCGGCCAUUAACAGCCCUCCAUUGCGCGCGCACCCCACUGACCUCCCCGUACGCUAAUCGCCGAGUUUCGCUAUCUCCUCUGCGCACUGCGCUAUUGUCGACCGCUGAUGGAACUGUGAACGCACUCUCGGUGGAGUGGUGCUGCACUCAGCUGUGCACAAAUCAAAAUGACGUCACCACGCCAGUGCAGCCGGCGGCGUCGCUCCAGAGGUCCGGGUCAGACGUCGCUCCAGGGGUCCGGGUCAGACGCCGCUCCAGAGGUCCGGGUCAGACGCCGCUCCAGGGGUCCGGGUUAGACGUCGCUCCAGGGGUCCGGGUUAGACGCCGCUCCAGGGGUCCAGGUCAGCUGCUCCAGAGGGCCGGGUCAGACGCCGGCGGACGGCACUGCUGCGGUGUUCACCGGUGCUGGCACAA